AGCCAUUCUCUUUGACCUCUGUUUUCUUGGCUGCCUGAGAAUGUCUCGCCAUAAAUGUUUACACUAUCUUCUCGAGUGCGAUGACAGCAUGGACUUCCGCAGCUCCAAUGAUAUAGAGAAGCACGUAUUUCAUCAAACAUCUAGUGGGCAUUGCGAAGAAGAUUCAACAGGGAGGAAACGAGGAGGCAGGGGCAUCUCCUCUCGGCUGCUCAAGAAUGCUCGUUGCUCGUGGGCGAGAGUCCUUCGCCUUCUCGACGUCAGGGCGUCGAGGACUAAUCAGAAGCCCAUCUCGAGAAGCAGAAGCAGGAUGUGGCAGCCAACAGCCAAAGUCUCUUCUUCGACCAUGACUCCACAGAGAUUUGCUGCGCCAGGAGAUACUCACCUGUCGGAGGCCAUUGAAGACUGCAUCAAGUUCCUCAACUCGUCAUCCAAGAGGUCGAGCUAGAGGAAGCUGAACCUGCAAUUUGUGUUAGCUUUAUAUGAGAUACUAGUACCCUCUCCUGUGAACAGUUGUUCAUGAGAUUCACUAGUUGGUUUUCUUGGUUCUUCAGUAUUGCCCUUGUAUCUUUGCACGUGGAAAGUGGGAAAAGAUAUUUUCCACCUGCUAAAAAGUUUUUAAAAAUCAGAAUAAUAAUUGCAAUAGCUCAUGUGUUGCAUGAGAACUACACUGUACACUGAUUUUGGACCUGCACACAUCGCAUUGGUACAAUGUGCUAUAAUUGUAGAUCCAACCCACAUUUUAGUGUCAUAACUUAGCUGUC